AUGACGGAGUCACCGCCAAAGCUGACCCCACCACCAAACGGGAGCGCGCUGCUGCGGGAAAACCUCUUUGAGGAGAAGAAGGAUGACGACGACGGCGAGCUACUGAAGCGGCGCGAACCGACAAUGCUGCUGAAGGGAAAGAAGCUCAUUGCCCCUCCUUCGGACGGCACGAAGCGUUACACUGUUGUCUUUGACCUCGAUGAAACCGUCGUGUAUGCGAGGGACGGCCCCCUCUAUGCACGCGCGUACCUGAAAGACCUUUUCCGCUUCAUCAAGGACGACUUCGAGGUGAUUGUGUGGACCGCCGGCGAGCGCGACUACGCCAAGUGCAUCCUUGAGGAGAUCAACGAGGACCACAUCAUCCAGCACCUUGUCUACCGGCACGAGAAGUGGUUCCGCGAGGAGGACUACACAAAGGACUUGCGACAACUUGGCCGAGACCUGAACUAUACCCUCAUGAUCGAGAACACCCCUGAUUGCGUGCGCGCAAACCCGCAGAACAGCAUCAUCGUGGAGGACUUCGAGGUACUGCCAGAGACAACCGAGGAAGAAGGCUCGAUGCCAACGUCGCCGGUGCCCACGCCCCCGCCCCCGCCAGCGCAGGCGGCGGAUAUGAUCCCAACGGCGGACGAGGCGAAGGACACCGCUGCACUGCAAGCCAGCAGCACAGCCGCGGCUGCGAGGUCGGCAGCGGAGGGCGGAGGCGGCAGCGGCGGUUCGCAAUCACCACUGCGGCGGCGCCGCACCACUGAUCGCACACUCUUUCUCUUGCGCGAGCUGUUACAGUCGCUUCUGAAAAGCGGGGAUACGGUGCCGCGCUUUCUUGCCUCGUGCGAGCUGCUCUCGCGACAGACGGUGAUCGGUUCUGACGGCAGUGACAUCCCCAUCUACCACCUCGGCACACGGAGGAGACGCAAGGACGCGGGGGUGCAGCGGAAGCAAGUGCGGGUAAACCGAGACAAGUCAUCGGCAGCUGCUGCCCCAGCUGAGGCCACAUCGCCUUCUCAGAACACACCGGCGGAGAGCGCAGCGAAAGAGAAGACGCUGCCUGCCGAGGACAGCGACGGCAGCGAUCACGUGGCGCACUCGAGCGACUCGUCAGCCGACACACCACAGUCUCCCUCCGCAGACCCACCGCGGCAGGGUGUGCAGGACCAGCUAGAGUGCGCACAUGCUGGAGGCGUGGGCAAAGAGGAAGAAGGAGCACUGCAUCCCUGA